GCCCCCAGCAUCAUUAUUUCUGGUUAACUCGAUAAGUAUUUUGUUUUCGUCAGGGUAUUGUUUUAUUUCUGCAGGCUCAUGAAAGAGUAUUCAAGUGUAGUUAGAGUUAGAGACUCAUUCUGCCUGAGGAAAUUAAACCAAAUAUAGCUUACUCGUGUUAUUCAUGGAUGCGACUGACAUGCUAAACCAUCACAAACAACAAAGAACAGUGCAGUUGCCUGUUAGGGACCAUUUCCUCUCGAGCUGGCAGACGAAAAGCCCAGUGUGCCGCCAGAUAUCAAAAUCUUGAUGCAGACUGUGAAAAGAUAACUUCUGUGCUGCUCAAGUCACGUACAGGGGAAUUUGAUUUGGAGUCUAUACUUUUUCUCAAAUUGAGAGGUCUUGGAAUACAUGAUCUUGGAUGCAUUGGCGAGUGUAUGAAUUUAGAGAAACUGGACCUCUCUGGAAAUAACAUCACAAACUUAGCACCUCUAGCAUCUCUUCGGCUUGUCUCUGUACUGUGUUUGUCUGCCAACAGGAUUUCCAAUUUAGAGCCCCUGCGCAAUUGUGACAGUUUACAGAACUUAAACCUGGCUGGUAAUAUCAUAUCCAGCAUUGAGAACCUACACUGCCUUCAGCCUUUAAGAAAGCUAGAAAAUAUACGUCUUAAAGACAACACUUACAAUUACACUAAUCCAGUGUGCAGGAACGCAGCAUAUAGAAAUAUAGUUCUUGAGAUGUUCCCCAACAUCAAGGUGCUGGAUGGUGAAAGAGUUGUCGGACGUGGAAGUGACUUGUACCAAUUAUGCAAAGACAUUGAUGAUACCAUCAAAGCUGGUUUAUACAAGAAUGGGCAACUUGUUGAACAUUCUGAUUGCAAACCAUGGGUGGAGGAUAAUUACUGGGAGAUAAAAAGAUCAAACAAUGCCAUUAUUGAAGAAGCGUACAAACAGUUUAACGAUGUACUGCAUGAGUGCAGGCUCCUCAACAACAGGGCCACUCACAUAAUUUCGCAAACUGAGCGAUCUAUGAGCCUGAAGAAGCAGCCAAAGCAGUAUGCUAUUUGAGUUGGGCUGAGUUUUUGUUGUUAGAUUUACCAUGGCUAAUGUACUUUAGGUUAUACUAAGCUGUAUCCAAAUGCUUGAACUGUAUCAUUUCCAGCCACACAUGCUUUGUGUUGCAGUGUGAAGAAUUUGUUGAAACUAUAUCUCAUCCUAUGCAUUGAGUAUUGGACAAUACAUGGAAGUGAUUUGAAAACCUUUAUCCAUACUGACAACCCUUUAGUUUGGUUCAAAGAUAUCUUUACUUGCACAGUGUGCAUUUUGUACCAUGUUGUAGCCUGCAUUUAUGCUGAGAGCUAUAUGCUGCUUAAGAAUUUCUAUAGAUUUUAAGUAAUUUAAGAGUGUUUUUCCAUUUUGCAUUGCUGGAUAAUUUGGGGAGUUAAUGUGUGCUGUAUGCUUUCUUUGUAAACUGAACUUUUGAACACAAAAAAGUGAUUGAACAAUUGCUUCAGCUGUUUCUACUUGUUUUAUACCAUAAAGUUUAUUAUGUGUAAGA